UGGCAGCACAAGCAAGCGGUGCGUGUUGGCCGCAGCCUGCCUGGCGCCGAGUGAGAGAAGAGCGAGUAGUACUGUAGUAGUAGUAGUGGUAGUAGUAGUACCUGUUCAUUUUGAACAAGGCGAGGGGUUUUACUAGGGCUUUAUAGAAUUCAAACCACCAUCAUCUCCCCUCCCGUCCUCCCCUCCUAAAGCUCGUGAGCAUCAAUUAAAGAGCAGCACCCAGCGCGACCACCACAACGCUCAAGAAAUUUCUAGACCAACUUCUCAAGAAGAAAUGAAUGUGUGGAGAUCUAAUUCCCUCAACACGCUGAGAUCUCUGACAUGUCUGCGCCGGUCGGCGACUGUUUGCAGAGACCUCUCAGCCUCCCUCGGCUUCUAUCCUUCUUCAAUGUCUCGGCUUGCAGCCCCUUUUGGCUCCUCCAUCCGCUUCCUUCGAACCGGCCGUGACGCCGCCGUCGGCUACGAAAUCCCACCUCCCGUCAACUGGGGCAUCCGGAUUGUCCCUGAAAAGAAAGCUUUCGUCAUAGAACGCUUCGGCAAAUACGUCAAGACUCUAGAAUCUGGAAUACACCUUCUGAUUCCCUUGGUCGACCGAAUUGCGUAUGUGCAUUCCCUUAAGGAAGAGGCCAUUCCCAUUCCGGACCAGUCUGCUAUCACCAAGGAUAAUGUCAGCAUCUUGAUUGAUGGGGUGCUUUAUGUUAAGAUUGUGGACCCUAAAUUGGCUUCUUAUGGUGUGGAGAAUCCCAUAUAUGCUGUUGUUCAACUUGCCCAGACAACAAUGCGUAGUGAGCUAGGCAAAAUCACCCUCGACAAAACAUUUGAGGAAAGAGACACAUUAAAUGAAAAUAUAGUGAGAGCCAUUAAUGAGGCUGCUAAAGAUUGGGGCCUGAAGUGUCUCCGUUAUGAAAUAAGGGAUAUAUCUCCUCCUCGUGGAGUAAGGGCAGCAAUGGAGAUGCAGGCAGAAGCAGAACGCAAAAGGAGAGCUCAAGUUCUAGAGUCAGAAGGAGAGAGACAGGCAAAUAUUAAUAUUGCUGAUGGAAAGAAAAAUUCAGUGAUCUUAGCAUCAGAAGCUGCAAAGAUGGAUCAGGUUAACAGAGCCCAAGGUGAAGCAGAAGCCAUCCUUGCUAUUGCAGAAGCAACAGCAUCUGGAAUAACUCUUGUUUCGCAGGCUCUUAAAGAAAGUGGAGGUGUAGAGGCGGCGAGUCUGAGAAUUGCUGAGCAGUAUAUCCAAGCCUUUAGCAAGAUUGCCAAGGAGAGCACUACAAUGCUGCUUCCUAGCACCGCUGCCAAUCCUUCCAGCAUGAUGGCUCAAGCUCUGGGUAUAUACAAAAGCCUGAUUGGUAGAUCUUCUGGGGUCGGCUCACACGAGGUUUUUAAUCCUAUGGUAACCGAGAAUUACAAGGGUGAUGUUGACGCUGAGGGUGCCUCAGAAGCUAGAGAUGAUGGCCAGGGUCCCACGGCUACGACCGCAGCAGGUCAUCUUAGCGAUACAAGUUUUUCACUUCAAAGGCCAAAGAAUGAAUGAAGACAACAAAAGUUGAUUUGAUUUGAUGCCAACCACAUUGAUCGAUUGCAUUGGGGGCGGCGGGGCCGGGGGGGGGGGGGUAGUGACUACUUGCUCUACUUUUUUUUUUAAAUUUGUCUAAUUUCUUUAGAUGUUGACAAGGGGAUGUUAUUCUACCUUUUUUGUGGGAUCUAUUUUGGACCUGCGGAUUUUUUUAAUGUUUUUUUUUUGGAAAUAGAAGAAGUGCAGAACUGGAGAGAUAAUUUUCAAGCAAAGCAAAAUGUUACUGCCUUUCCUUUUAAUGGAAAUUUUCUUGCUAAGUUCAACA